AUGAAUGACGACGUCGAUACCGAUUUCCUUGACCUUGACCUCGAGGAGCUCACUCUGGAGGAGGUGGAGAGCCUGAGCGAGCGCCAGAUUGUCAUACUCCUCGCUCGGAAAGUGAGGGAGUCUGAAGAAGAUGGAGAACCUUUGGAUUUCCGCCUCGAAGGGCUGAUCAGCCAGGGCAAUCAAUGCGACAACUGCACGGAGUACAUACCGCCUCUCACGAAACCCAAAGUCUGCAGUGGAUGCAAGGCUGUGACGUACUGCGGUCCACAGUGUCAAAAAGCAGCUUGGUACGGACGCAGAAGGGGAACGCGACCUCAUAGAGACCUCUGUGAUGAUAACAAGCGUCACAUGCAGCGUCUUCCCUACGUCUCGGCCGUCAUCAGGCAGUUCCCUUGGGGUCGUGUGGAAGAGAAUGGCACGUUCAAUCACAAAGUCGCCAAAGCUCGCUUCGACGUCUACGGCAGCACUGGGUGCGGGUUCUGGAGCCACAGCAUCGGCGAGAACCCGCACCAGGACAUGCGUUUUACGUUCUUCCAGCGGCCCGGCAAAACCCUCGAGGAUCACGACAACGGAUACGACCUGCUGCAUCUCCCGUCCCAUCUCACGGAUAGGCAAGGAUGGGGUCUCGACGAGAACCUGAUCCCGUACCGCGAUCUGGAGUCGAUCAGUCGCGAGAGGUGGCCUGUCUUGAUUACGGAGUUCGCGGGCGGAGUGAAGGAUUGGGCAUCAUGGUAUCGUUGGCGAAAGCUCCCGCUCGAGUCGCCCGCUGCUCUUUUGAUGGACUACCCAUUGACUGCCUACCAUCUGCUUACGCACACCCUGAGCCUCACGAGCACCACGGCUGGAAGCGCGACCGGUCGCAUAUCGCUGAACGUACACAUGCUCGGCGCCGAGAUUGAGCUCAACUUCAUGCCUCUCUACUCUGAGCUGGCGCUGCUCCUUCCAUACCACGACAUCACUAUAUCCGUCUUCGGCUACGGCGUAUACGAGCUAGCGCGCCAAGCAACAUCCUCGAAAGCUCUUCCCCACUCGCCAGCCGGUCGCGCUUUCGCCUCCCCGGGUACGCCUCUCUUCGAAUACAAAGCUCCCGCUGAGCUAGGUGGAAGCACACUGAAGAUCUUCCUUCGUGGCGAAUCCGAUGUGUGGUCUUGGGAAGCGGUCAGGAAGGAACAGCGGCCCGACGCCCUCAUCGCGCACGACGCCGGAUUGUGCGUGUAUCCCGGAUGGGCGCCCGUCAUCAAGGAUGCAUACAGGCAGAAGAUACCCUUCGCGGUGACUGAUUACGCGGAGCAAAGUGCCGAGUUCGAAGUCAGGAGUUCGAUCCCUGCACGGCUUUACCCGCAGGUACCGGUGUACGGUCCCAACGCCAUCGAGCUCAACCCGUUCCACAAGCCAGGGCAGCGCGUGAGCCGUGUCCGGCUCCCUAAUGUCUAUAACGGCUUCACAAUCGCGGUUGUUGGUGGUAGAAGCAGCGCCUGA